UCUGCAGGAUUUGUAGGUUAGGUUUUGACAGUGACAAUUAGGGUUUUUAAAAAAAUGGCUCAAUGGCCCCUCAAAUGCAAAAUUGGACCCUCCAUUUUAAACUCGGAUCUUUCGAUGCUGUACGAAGAAUCACAAAAACUGUUAGAUAAUGGGGCCGAUUAUCUGCAUUUGGAUGUUAUGGACGGAAACUUUGUUCCUAACCUUACUUUCGGCCACCCAGUAGUAAAAUGUUUAAGAAACAAGCUUAGAAAAGCCUUUUUUGAGACUCACAUGAUGGUCGCUGAACCAGAAAAGUGGAUUGAGGGUAUGGCCGACGCAAAUGUAAACUUAUACACAUUCCAUAUUGAACCUGUAAUGGAUGAAGUUAUUUCACUCUGCCGUAAGGUAAAAGAAGCAGGCAUGCAGGUUGGGCUUGCUUUAAAACCUGGAACUGGUAUCGAGGCUGUUAGACAAUACAUAGAACAUGCUGAUAUAAUUUUAAUUAUGACUGUUGAGCCUGGUUUUGGUGGACAACAAUUUAUGUCAGAUAUGAUGCCUAAAGUACAAUGGUUAAGACAUAAUUAUCCAAAUUUGGAUAUUGAAGUUGAUGGGGGUGUUGGUUUAAAUACAAUAAAUGCAUGUGCAGAGGCUGGAGCAAACAUGAUAGUUUCUGGAACUGCCAUAAUAAAAUCAGUUGACCAAAAGGCAGUAAUAGCCAGUUUAAGGGAAACUGUAGAAAGCUCAAUUCAUAAAUGCAAUGUUUAGCCUAAAACAAUGUGAUUUUUGUAGAUAAUUUAAAAAGCAUUCCUUUUUAUAAUCAUGAAACAAGGUUGUUACAAUUUUUUUUUAAUGUUAACUUUUAAUAUUGAAUUUUUUAUCAAUGUUGGUUAUUUUAUAUAAUGGUUUUGAAAGAAGCUUGAC